GGCUCCCGGGAGCAGGAGAGGAAGCCAGGCAAACUCAAGAGUCUACGUCCCAGUGACGAGCGCUGGUCCUCGGCCCUCGGAGAAUAGCAGCUGAGCCCUGAGGUGGGCCUGAGGCACACAGGCAGUGGUGCCCAGAAAGCAGGCCCCAAACACCCCUGCCCCUACCUCCCAGGACACCCAAAGAAGAGCAGCCACUAUGCACCUUCCUGAAAGCCUACAUGAGCUGGCAGACAGUGAGACUGUGCGCUUUCUGAGGAGACCAAAGAGCAUCUCAAGGAUCUUCGGAGGGGUCUUUUCCCUGGUCAUCUUUUCCUCACUACUAACUGAUGGUUACCAGAAUAGAACAGAGUCUCCUCAGCUUCGCUGCGUCCUCAACAGCAACCACGUGGCCUGUAGCUUUGCAGUAGGAGCUGGCUUCCUGUCCUUUCUCAGCUGCUUGGUCUUCCUUGCCAUAGAUGCCCAUGAGAGCCGCAUGGUGGGCACCCGCUUUAAGACAGCCUUCCAGCUCCUGGAUUUCAUUCUGGCUGUCCUCUGGGCAGGUGUCUGGUUUGUGGCUUUCUGCUUCCUAGCCAGCCAGUGGCAGCAUUCGAAGUCCAAGCACUUCCUCCUGGGGAACAGCAGCGCCAAGGCAGCCAUUGCCUUUUCUUUCUUCUCCGUCCCCGUCUGGAUACUCCAGGCCUACCUAGCCUUCCAGGACCUCCGAGACGAGGCUCCAGUCCCCUACAAGCGCUCCCUGGAGGAGGGUAGCGUGGUGCUCAACACCCUCUCCUCAUCAUCCACCACUAGCCCUGCCCACCCUCCCAUCACAGGCCCCAACAGUCUGACUUACACCAGCUCAUCCCUGUCCCCCUACAUGACUACUCCAAAGGCCCCACGUCUGGCUAUGAUGCCAGACAGCUGAACAGCCUGUAUCCAUGAGUAAAUAGUCCCCUCUGAGGGGUCCUGAACAACCCUGUCCUGUCUGUUCCUCUCUCAUCCCUUGAGUGGCAGAGGAGGAGGGAGGCUCUGCAACAGGUCCACUUCUGUGUGACCCCCAUGCACCAUCACCUGCUGAGAGCAGGCUGAGCUGCCGUGUUCCCUGCAACUUGAGCCCACUGGCCUUGAAGAGGAGGCACAAGGGACUCAGGCUGCAUCUGAGGCUGUGGCUGAGGGAGAAAAGACCUUCUCAUGAGAGAGAGCGCAACACUGGCCCAGCAGCCCAAGUUCUGUACCCCAGAAAGAUGGAGGCGGUCAGCAUCACUGUGUGUAAGGGGUCAGUCAGGGGCCAUGGCCAUGCGUGAGACCGGGUCUUCAAAUGCAUUAAAGGUUCCCUGGGAAACAGUCAAGUGUUUCUACUUUAGAUCCCUCAGGGUCAUCAGGCCACAGACUGGCUAGGAGGGAUCAAGCAGGUGGCACCUUGUGCAGGAGAGAUGACCUUUACCCACUACCCAGCCAUGGGGCAGAGGAUGCAGAAACCUGCUCAAGGCCUCACUGAGAAAGCAAGUCAAUUUUAAUAUAAUUCAUUUAGCUUAAUAUAUCCAAUGUGUUACUGUUUCAACGUAUAAUCAAUAUGAAAACUCAACUUUUCUUUUUUUCUUUGUAAAACAAGGCCUUAUUGUG